AAAGAAAGCUUGGAUACAGGAAGUGAUGGAAGAAACAGCCUGUUUUGUUCUUAGGGGGUUCUUAGAGCCUUAUCCAUAAACAUCUUAGAGUUGGGUAUAUCUGGUACUCUGGAUUCUCAAAGGGUCAGCACUCCAGUCUCUAAGAAGAUCCAUCCCAAUUCCAGCAGUUCAUGAAUUCUUGCCAUAUGCUCACUCUAUGCUCCUCACAUCCUGGAGCUCCCUAGGUUACCCCUGGCCAAUCCUGUCUCUGAGGCCUAGUCCUGGUCUUUGUUCCCAGUGUUGGAAUGGUUCCCUGCUUGCUGGUUUUGACUUCAAGUCAUUUGUCACUUCUGGGCCUUAGUUCCUUCAUCAGCCAUAUAGGAAAGGUAAUUCAGAUUUCCUAAAAUUGUGAGGAUUAAAUAAAAUAUGUCUGCAAAGCAUUAGCUACAAUUUGUGUCCUAUAGUAAGCCUUUAGUAUGUGGUUAUUAUCUCAACUUGCCCACUGUCACUGCCCCUCCUUUCUUAGCUUUGGGACUCUGCCUUCCUGAAGUCUGUGGAGUUCCGGGAACAGAUUAGUUUUGAAUGUCACUUAAUCCUGGAGGCCCUUCCGCAAUUGGAGCCUAGGUUGGGGCUGAUAGGGACUGGACUGAUAUAAACCUGAGUUAAGAGGCCUGAUUCACAGACUCUGCAGGAUGGAACUGAGUGUGGGAACCAAGCUGCUGAUGCUGUUGUGGGCCGUGUACUGCAAAUAUGCGCUGGCAGAUGGGCUGAUCGGCUACCCUGUCAUUGAAGUGACCAACGGGGGUCCCUGGGGCGACUGGGCCCUGCCUGAGAUGUGUCCUGAUGGAUACUUUGCCAGCGGGUUCUCACUUAAGGUAGAGCCCCAUCAAGGCAUUCUCGGUGAUGACACAGCUCUGAAUGGGAUCCGGCUGCACUGCACACGUGGUAACUCUGAGCUCAACACUCAAGUUGUGGAGUCCCAAUCUGGAAAGUGGGGUGCAUGGAGUGAGCCUCUAUGGUGUCCUAGUGGUGGCUUCCUAGUGGCUUUCUCACUUCGGGUGGAAGCACCCAUAACCCCUGGGGACAACACUGCAGUGAACAACGUGCGUUUCCGGUGCUCAGAUGGCACGGAGUUGCAGGGGCCUGGGCUGGACUGGGGAAAAUUUGGAGAAUGGAGCACGUCUUGCCUGAAAGGUGCGUGUGGCUUACAGACCAAGGUUGAGCAGCCUAGAGGCCUCCGUGAUGACACUGCACUUAACGAUGCACGAGUAUUCUGCUGCCUCACCUAACCUUGUCCUAACAUUGUCGAAGUCCUUUCCCCGGCUGGCCCGGAGGCUAGUC